GCGCGGUGGCGGAAGCCGCUCCGCCUUUCCGGAGCGCGGCGUGCUCGGAGCCAUGAGCGUCCCGGCCUUCAUCGACAUCACCGAGGAGGAUCAGGCUGCAGAACUGCGAGCUUACCUGAAAUCCAAAGGAGCAGAAAUCUCUGAAGAAAAYGCUGAAGGUGGACUUCAUGUGGACUUGGCACAGAUUAUUGAAGUGUGUGAUGUGUGCCUGAAAGAGGAUGACAAAGAUGUUGAAAGUGUGAUGAACAGCGUUGUCUCUCUGCUUCUUAUCUUGGAACCUGAAAAACAAGAAGCACUGAUUGAAAACCUGUGUGAAAAGUUAGUAAAAUUUCGGGAAGGAGAGCGUCCAUCUCUUAGRCUGCAGCUCCUGAGCAAUCUCUUCCAUGGCAUGGACAAGAACACUCCUGUGAGGUACACAGUGUACUGCAGCCUUCUGAAAGUGGCCUCGUCCUGUGGUGCCAUCCAGUACAUUCCAACUGAACUAGAUCAGGUYCGAAAAUGGAUUUCCGACUGGAAUUUGGCCACAGAGAAAAAGCAUACUCUUCUGAGACUGCUCUAUGAUGUCCUGGUGGACUGCAAGAAAAGUGACACUGCAGCAAAAGUAAUGGUGGAGCUAUUGGGAAGUUACACAGAGGACAAUGCUUCCCARGCUAGAGUUGAUGCUCACAGAUGUAUUGUACGAGCCUUGAAGGAUCCAAAUACCUUUCUCUUUGAUCAUCUUCUUGCCUUAAAACCAGUCAAAUUUUUGGAAGGAGAACUCAUUCAUGAUCUUUUGACUAUUUUUGUAAGUGCUAAACUAGCAUCCUAUGUCAAGUUUUAUCAGAACAACAAAGACUUCAUUGACUCCCUGGGCUUGUUGCACGAACAYAAUAUGGCCAAAAUGAGGCUUCUUACUUUCAUGGGAAUGGCUGUGGAGAAUAAAGAAAUCUCAUUUGACACAAUGCAGCAGGAGCUUCAGAUCGGGGCUGAUGAUGUAGARGCAUUUGUCAUUGAUGCUGUAAAGACAAAGAUGGUGUACUGCAAAAUAGAUCAGACACAGAGGAAAGUCGUUGUCAGUCACAGCACACAUCGGACUUUUGGAAAGCAGCAGUGGCAGCAAUUGUACGACACUCUAAACACCUGGAAACAAAAUUUGAAUCAAGUGAAAAACAGUCUACUCAGUCUCUCAGACACCUAAGAAAUUUUUUUGACCAAGUAAUAUUGCUAUAGAUGAAUUUUAUUCAAAACUAUGACAAUUUGUGAACGUUUCAAAAAAAGUAUGCGAUUGGUUUGAAGAAGCUAAAUAUUCUAAAUUGCCACCCAAAAAAAAAAAAGGCAAUAAAACUAACAUGGGAAAAUGUCUUCUGUUGAUUUU